AUGAACAAUAACCGUAAAUACUUACAAUGUACGCCUUCAACACCAAAACGACGUAGACUUGGAAAUAGUAAAAUCGCACGUUUAACUCAGACCCGCGGGAGUGUGAAACAUAAUGUAAAUACUUCUAAACAUAUACAAAUUAGAGAAAACUGUGACUCACCGCCGUUACCAUGCAAUCAAGUAGAGUACCUGUGCGAUUCAGAUAGUCACAGUUCCGUUUGCAGCGAUAUUCCAUGUUCUCCUGGUGUUUUAGAAACUUGCAAUAUACUUGAUAAUAUAGACAACUGGAAGAGUUUUGUAGAUUCUAAAACUUCUAGAGAAGAUAGUCUAUCAAUUAGUAUAGCCGAAGAUGCAUUUAAAGAAAGUUUUCAUUCAAAUAAUCACUACAAUAAUGAUAAACAAAAAACUGAUCAAUUUAAGGAAGAUGUAGAAAACAGCUUUAAUAUUAUUAAUCAAUCUAUAUGUAAUAACGACAAUGCUCAUUUUGAAACUAAGGAUUCUUUUUUAUUAGAUAUAAGGGAGAGUGGAAUUAUUGACAAUAAGUUUCCUACUAAUAAAACAGAACCAAAGAAUAAUCAAUUUAAUAACUUUUAUGGUCUACCUAUAUUAACAAAGGGGCUAUUUAAGUCUUAUCGAAAUAUAGAAAAGUUUUAUGACUGGCAAGAAGAAUGUUUAAAUUUAAAUGCAAUCAAAGAAAGGCAAAAUUUAAUAUAUGCCCUGCCGACAAGUGGAGGCAAGACAUUAGUGGCAGAGGUGCUAAUGCUACAAGAGGUGUUAGUUCGCAAAAAGAAUUCCUUAUUUAUUCUGCCUUUUGUAGCAAUUGUGCAGGAAAAGAUAUGGGCACUAUCUCCAUUUGCAAUACAAUUAGAUUUCUUAGUAGAAGAAUAUGCAGGUGGUAAGGGCCACUUACCUCCUAAGAAAAGAAGAAGAAAAAAUAGCAUAUAUGUAGCAACAAUAGAAAAAGGGCUGGCCUUGAUUAGGAAUCUUAUAGAAUUAGAUAGAUUAGAUGAAAUUGGUUUGAUUGUUGUAGAUGAAUUGCAUUUAAUUGGGGAACCAGGAAGAGGAGGUACUCUGGAAACUCUGCUUUCAACUGUGAUAUUUGCUAAAAAAGGCAUACAGAUAGUUGGCAUGAGUGCUACAAUAGGCAAUCUCCCAGAUUUAGCUGGCUUUCUCCAAGCAGAUGUCUUUCAAAGACAAUUCCGUCCCGUGGAACUGACCGAGUAUGUAAAGCUUGGUGAUAUGUUGCACAAGAUCGUUUGGAGUUCUGGAAAUAUGGAGUUGGUACCAGAUCGGAAAUUAGCUUUUGAUUACACAGAAACUGGGUACAAAAUGGAUCCGGACUUGGUGGGAGGAUUAGUGAGUGAAGUGGUGCCACAAGACAGUUGUCUGGUGUUCUGCCCCACCAAAAGGAACUGUCAGAGUGUCGCAACACUACUCUGUAAUAUGCAGCGCAGUGAUAUGAUGUCCCACCGUGUACAAGAUCGUAUAGCGCUACAAAGCGCGUUACGUACGGAAGGAUCGAGUGCGGACUUAGUUCGUUGCGUACGCGCAGGUAUCGCAUAUCAUCACGCGGGACUAGCUUCUGACGAACGGUGUCUACUGGAACAGGCUUUUCGAUCAGGUGUAAUCUCAGUUCUAUGUUGUACGUCUACGUUGGCAGCGGGCGUGAACCUUCCCGCCCGACGUGUCAUACUACGAGCGCCUCUCGUAGGCCGUGAAUUUAUCUCGCUGUCGUCCUAUCGACAAAUGGUUGGUCGGGCUGGUAGAGCCGGCGUUUGUGAUGCUGGUGAAAGUAUAAUAAUAUGCGGGCCUCGGGAAUGGCCGCAAUUAAAGAACGUAUUUUCUAGCGGUCUUCCUCCCGUGACCAGUCAAUUAAGGCCCAAUAUCGCAAGCCUUCUUAUCAGUGCGAUUGCGUUAAACUUAGCUAAUGAUGUGAGAGGGUUGAAAGAAUUUCUGGGAUGUACUUUAUUGGCUAAAACUGAGCUAAGCCUCAAUAUAGAGGAACUAUGCGAAGAAAAUCUAAUAGCGUUAUUAAAGAGUGGUGCUUUGGAAUUUGUCGGUAAAACAGGACAAAUGACGGAUCUGAUUAAUACCGACUUAAAACUAAUUGUUAGCAAACUAGGACAGGCGGCGAUAAAAAGUUGUCUAGAACUGGAAAUAGCUCGGCAGUUACUCGAAGACAUACAUCAGGCGUCUCAAAGCUUAGUGCUACUUGGGAGCCUCCAUCUACUCUACCUAGUAACCGGUGAUACAGUAGUGCGGCCAGACUACCGGCACUACUACUCGCUGUAUUGUAGUUUUGAUGAAGAAGCAUCGCAAACUGCAAGGGUUUUGGGUAUAACAGAACGAUAUGCCGUUCGCAUGAUUACAGGAAAACCUAUAACGAAUAUUCCUGAGAGAGUCCUACAUCGUUUCUAUAUAGCUCUGAUGCUUCGGGACCUUUGGAGACUUACUCCAGUCGCGGACGUAGCCGACAAAUAUGGGGUAUCCCGUGGGCUAGUACAAGCUGCACUCACAUCGGCGUGCGCAUUCGCAAGUAGUGCGGAACGUCUUUGCGGCGAGUUGUCGCCACUAUGGCCCUAUAAAGCCCUGUUCCACGAUCUUGCGGUGCGCCUGCGCACUUGUAGUAUGCCGGAGCUGGAACAAUUGAUGGAGCUGCCCGCCGUUAGGAAGGCUCGUGCGAUGCAAUUAUACCGCGCGGGAUUUCGUCGCGUCGAAGAAGUUGCGCGUGCGUCAGAGGAAAGCUUAUCUUCGGCUGUUCAACAUCUCUCGCGGACUGCAGCACAGCAUCUCAUCAGCGCUGCAAGGAUGAUGUUAAUAGAAAAGGUGGAGAACCUAAGAGCAGAUGCAGAAGAAGUAAUGGAAGAGUUAAAGAUGUGA